CGAACCCGAGCAACUGUCGUGUCAGUCGUUGAGGUUCUGUCAUUCCGAUAGGUCUGUCUGCUGUCCAGUCUUGUUUAUUUAUUCAGACAAGUGUCCGCUACAAGCGUGACACUCAUUGACACGAGCGAAAAUGUUGCACAACAUCGACCCGAAAGCGAAAGCCGUCCACAUCGAGACUGGAAAUAUGCUCAGCAUGAAUAACAUAAUGCUGAAGGUUUGGCAGAGCCCCGUGGACGAGUUGGUGGAAUGCUUGAAGAUUGUUGCAAAAGACAGCCAAGGUCUUUCUCCCAUUCCAGCGGAUGGCUUAGUUAAGGUUGGUCCAUUGAAGAACAACAGCGAAGUGGUCAAUUCCUUUGAUGUGGAAGACAAGAAGGAUCUUAAAAUAAAUGUCAAAGUUUUUGUGACAAGGACUAACAAAGAGACUCUCAUAGAUGCUGUUAAUGAGGCUCUUUUGUCGCUGGAAACGGACACAAUAGAUUCUCUGGUUCUUGCUUGUCCUUGUUCAGAUGAGACACAAUCUGAGAAGUCACUUCCAUGGCUACAGGAGCUGUGGAGGACUCUAGAAGAUUUUGUUGAGUCGAAAAAAAUAAUCAGCCUUGGUCUUAGCAAUAUUGACACCCAAGUGUUCAUUUCUUUAUACAACUGGGCAAAGGUGAAACCCAGUAUUGUGCAAGUUAAUUUAGCCACAUGUUGUGUUGUGCCACCUGCACUGCAAGAAUUUUCGAAGCAAAAUGACAUUCAAUUGAACACAACCAGUGAUCCUGCAGAUAUUUUACCAAAGGACAUGCUGCAGCAGAUCCUGGAUCCCUCACUGCCCUUCAGUUUGGUGUGGGUGUUCCGUUAUCAAGUUCAGGUCAAGUGCAGAGGAGUUUUAGCCAGCAAAGGCUAUGUAGUGUGCUGCAAGCAGUCUGAUUAGCUCUCAUUUUCAAAACUAGACCUGUAUCUCUCGCGCAUGAGAGAUGUUUUCUAGUGAAGUUGCAAAGAAUGAAGCAUUUUUCCUGUGAUCCUGACUGAAAAUUCCAUUUUCUGAAUUUUAUUUGUUUUUUUCAGACAGGUAAUUACUCUCACCAUUCUUUAUCUCUAGAGCAGGUUAAAAGUUUGUGAUACUGAAAAUACCAGUUUGAAUAUCAGUAGAGAAAAUACUUUGUAUAUUUUAUUCUUGUAAUUCUAUAAGUGGCUUUCUAUUUUUAGAACAAUUUAAAAGACGAGUGGGAUACUUAAUUAAUGUUAGUUGUGAAUUUUCUAGAUAUUUUAUUAUUGGACUAUUUGUACUAUUAGAUGAAUUCAAUCAUUUUGCUACUUCAUGCCUUGAUUGUUAAAGAUGUCAAACAUGCACUACACUCCAUGGUUUUGUACACAGGAUAAAUUAAUGGACAGAUUGUUGGUUUGUUCUUUUGUUAAGAGAAUAUAUUGCAAGUACUGUAUUCACACAAUGAAGUCAUCUUACACCUUUCAUCAGACUUGUUAUAUUAAGAUUUUUAUAAUUUGGAAAAGAUUUUAACAGUCUACCAGGGUAUGUAACAUUGUUACCAAUAAACACUAAGUUGAUAUGUUAUAA